GAGAGAGAGAGAGAACCAGAGAGAGAGAGAGAGAACCAGAGAGGGAGAGAGAGUGCACUGAGAGAAAUUCUGUUUGUUGAAAACACUCAAGCUGAGUGGAUGAGCUCCGGGUACAAGGUGAACUGAAUUCACGGGUGGAAAACUUCUUCAGAAACUGAAUAGUCUACAUACAACAAAGUUCAUUAAGUGUUGUAGUGUGUUUCUGAGCGCUUCACACCAUCUCUCUCAUCACCUGAAACUAACAGCACAUGUGGUUUGAACAAUUGGAGGACGUGGCGCCUCUGGUCUUUAAAUCAGCAGAUAUCUCAUCUGAUAGGGUGGCCAUUGUGGUCAACAGUUUAGAAGAGCUUCCUCCACGUCAAUAGAGGAAGUUGUGAGAAGCCAACCAUUACAGGGCACAGACACAGUGAUGCUGAAGAAGGCACUUCAAGUGCAUAUUUUUUAGGGUACAACAGUAGGAGCAUUAAAUCAACUCUGGUAUUGUGACUGAGACGUCAUGGCUUGUGCAGACAUCCCUAUGGACAUCCUGGGUCCUGAAUCUGAGGAGCAGGAAUACGAGGAGGCCGGGGACCAGAGAGGAGAAGCACUGAUCAAGUAUUACCAAGCAACUGAACUAAUGCCUGCUCCCAAAGGACCACUCCAUGACCUGUUGCUGAAGCAGCCUGCUGUGUUGGGGUCUUUGCAGAUGACGAGCGGUCUACUCAGUGUUGCAGUAGGAGUUGUGUUUGCUGCCACUCGGGAUGCGAGCCAGUCCCUUUUAACCACGUUCAGAGUCGCGCCCUUCACUGGACUACUAUUCUUCAUCGCUGGGUUGUUAUCCAACCUGUUGUUCAAAUUCCCCAGACUAUUACCUGUCUGCCUGUGUGUCAACAUUGGCAGCAUGGUCGUAGCAGUAGUUGGAGGAGUGUUGAUAUGUGUUGACUUGGCCAUGGACAUGUCUACCUGGAAUCCCAAUGUUCAACAUCAUAUAAAGCUGGAGGUGCUGAUGCUCUGUGUGUUGGUCAUGGAGGUGACCCUCUCUGCUGUCCUCUCCUUCUGGAUCCGGGGAGCGAAACGCAGCCAUUCACUGUGAACUGUUAUCUGUCUGCCAGCUAUUCAUGGACGACCACAUCCAAAUAUAUUGACGUUUAAAAAAUGAAAUGAUAGUGAGCGAGGAAGACAAUGGGGGAAGAUAUGCUGUGUCAAAGGGCAGCGCCGCAGUAAAGGGACUUAUCAUUAUAAUGUCGUCUCUACUUGACUGUAAAUGAACUAACAUCUGAAUUUCCAGGAUAGAGAGUACUCUAAAAACUGUUUAGCUUUGACCAUCAGUAUGUGCCUCAAUGUAUGAGAAAGUACAGCAGCCUCAGAUAUCUUUACCCACUAUCCAGUCUAUGUAGGCCAGCGGUGAGUCCUCAUCAAGGGGCUUGACUCACCGCCCCUACACCUAUCUGUGGGUUUUAGAGUACUGUCUCAACCUCGGUGAUUGCCUCCCUGCCUGCCUGCCUGCCUGCCUCCCUGCCUGCCUGCCUGCCUGCCUGUCUGCCUGCCUGCCUGCCUGCCUGCCUGCCUGCCUGCCUGCCUGCCUGCCUGCCUGCCUCCCUGCCUGCCUGCCUGCCUGCCUGCCUGUCUGCCUGCCAGCCUGCCUGACUGCUACGAGUCCUGUCUGUGUGGUUCUCUCUGACCAGGCUGGUUGUGGUCUAACUCUGCUGCGUAGCUACACACACACAUGCACGCACGCACGCACGCACACACACACACAGUGUAGCUACACACUCCACUCAGACUGAGAACAACAGUUUUGUGGUCAAAACUAGAAUGCGUCCCAAAUGGCACCCUAUUCCCUAUUUAGUGCAUAACUUCUGACCAGGGCAGGGUCGUGCACAACAAUGUAGGGAAUAGGGUGCCAUUUGGGACACUGCCAUAUUGUGUUCUCGGAGGUGUCAAGCCAACCAUUCUUCAUUAGCGUUGCCUCCUCAUUGGUUCGUUGUUCCCUAUUUCAACCAGUAUCAGUUCUUCCUGUGUGACUCUAUCUAUCUCAGUGUGUGUGUUUGCAGGGGUCUGUUUGUGGUUAAUGAUAAGAGUGAGUCUGUAUCUAGCAGUAGCUUUAGGCGCUAACUGUAAAGGCUGACAGCAUCAGUACAUAGCUUAAGCCUACCAGUUGACAGUUUGAAACAGAGACAUUUUCCAAACAAAGCCCCCUAUGUUGUUGUUGUUUUCAACUGCUCACAUUUGGUCAUCUAACAGACUGGUAUCCAGAGAGACACAUAGUACUGGUAACGAUAAGAACAGACUGGUAUCCAGAGAGACACAUAGUACUGGUAACGAUAAGAACAGACUGGUAUCCAGAGAGACACAUAGUACUGGUAACGAUAAGAACAGACUGGUAUCCAGAGAGACACAUAGUACUGGUAACGAUAAGAACAGACUGGUAUCCAGAGAGAGUGCUUUGUCUUGCUCGCUUCAAACAAUGUAAUUGUUGUUUGAGUAAAAAUCAUUUCCAUAUUAGGCAUUGGGAAAAAGCUGAAGUAAUAUCAUGUCAGAUGUAGCUGUGGUGCUAAACAUCAAAGAGCUUUUUAAUAUCCUGCUUAAUACUCUGUACAGAGAGACACAUAGUACUGGUAACGAUAAGAACAGCCAGACAGACACAUAGUACUGGUAACGAUAAGAACAGCCAGACAGACACAUAGUACUGGUAACAAUAAGAACAGCCAGAGAGACACAUAGUACUGGUAACGAUAAGAACAGCCAGACAGACACAUAGUACUGGGUAACGAUAAGAACAGCCAGACAGACACAUAGUACUGGUAACGAUAAGAACAGCCAGACAGACACAUAGUACUGGUAACGAUAAGAACAGCCAGACAGACACAUAGUACUGGUAACGAUAAGAACAGCCAGAGAGACACAUAGUACUGGUAACGAUAAGAACAGCCAGACAGACACAUAGUACUGGUAACGAUAAGAACAGCCAGACAGACACAUAGUACUGGUAACGAUAAGAACAGCCAGACAGACACAUAGUACUGGUAACGAUAAGAACAGCCAGACAGACACAUAGUACUGGUAACGAUAAGAACAGCCAGAGAGACACAUAGUACUGGUAACGAUAAGAACAGCCAGAGAGACACAUAGUACUGGUAACGAUAAGAACAGCCAGAGAGACACAUAGUACUGGUAACGAUAAGAACAGCCAGAGAGACACAUAGUACUGGUAACGAUAAGAACAGCCAGAGAGACACAUAGUACUGGUAACGAUAAGAACAGCCAGAGAGACACAUAGUACUGGUAACGAUAAGAACAGCCAGAGAGACACAUAGUACUGGUAACGAUAAGAACAGCCAGAGAAACAGGGAAAUGUCACUUGUUCUGACGCCUUGGUCACACCGACAGCGUCAUUGCGCAAAAUGUUACGCAGCAUCAUCUGGAUAU